ACAAUUCGGUGAGAGGCGACCUAGCCGUAUUCCGAACACAAAAAGGCAAACCCGCCACUCCAGGACUCGAUUGAGCUACCUAUUUAAGCUAAACCCAAACAAAAUCAUCACAAAACAAAAACAACGCUUCCAAUUCAGAAAAUAAGUUUAUUUUCAGAUGGGCAAACAGAAAGGAGAUUCCGGGCGGAGCAAGUCCCGUCCGUCAAGCAGCAGUCUUGCCGCUUCGUUACUGCCGUCUGCUUCAGCCGCAGCCGCCGUUGGAUUUGGCGGUUAUGUUGGUAGCUCCCGUCUUGACGCUUCUCUUGCUUCCGAAGAAUCAACUUCCUUUUCGGAUGUAGACAGUGAAGUCUCUCUACACUUGAAAAGGCUCGCCCGGAAGGAUCCUACCACCAAGCUUAAGGCUCUGCAAACUUUGUGUCUUCUCUUCAAGGAGAAGUCUGCAAAGGACUUGGUGCUAAUUAUUCCGCAAUGGGCAUUUGAGUACAAGAGGCUACUGUUGGAUUACAAUAGAGAAGUUCGGCGAGCCACUCAUGAAACCAUGAACAGCCUUGUCGUUGCUGUAGGAAGAGAUUUAGCUCCACAUUUGAAGUAUUUGAUGGGACCAUGGUGGUUUUCUCAAUUCGAUCCAGUUUCUGAAGUUUCUUUAGCUGCCAAGAGGUCACUACAGGCCGCCUUUCCAGCUCAAGAAAAGAGAUUAGAUGCUUUAAUUUUAUGUGCAACUGAGGUAUUCAUGUAUUUGGAGGAGAACUUGAAUCUCACACCACAAACCAUGUCUGAUAAAGCAGUUGCUUUGGAUGAGUUGGAGGACAUGCACCAGCAGGUGAUUUCUUCGUCAUUAUUGGCGUUGGCCACACUUCUUGAUGUUUUGGUCAGUGGGAAAUCUGAACAACCUGGUUUUGAAAAUGUACCAAAACAUGCUUCAAAAGCUAGAAUAACGGCUAUGUCUUUUGCUGAAAAAAUAUUCUCCGCGCACAAGUAUUUUGCAGACUUUAUGAAGUCCAGGAGUCCUGUAGUUCGAUCAGCUACAUAUUCAGCAUUGAAGAGUUUUAUUAAAAACAUUCCUCAUGCUUUUAAUGAAGGAAAUAUGAAAAUUCUUGCUGCUGCAGUACUUGGUGCUUUUCAGGAAAUAAAUCCUACAUGUCAUUCGGCAAUGUGGGAUGCAUUUUUACUGUUCUCUAAAAGGUUCCCUGAAAGUUGGACCAUGGUAAAUGUUCAGAAAACGGUGCUAAACCGUUUUUGGAAUUUUCUUAGGAAUGGGUGUUUUGGAUCUCAGCAGGUCUCUUAUCCAGCCCUGGUUCUAUUUUUAGGCACUGUGCCUCCAAAACAAAUAGUGGGAGAGAAGUUUCUUAUUGAUUUUUUUCAUAGCCUAUGGGAGGGAAGAAUCUCAUCCCAUUCAACAGUUGCUGAUAGUCUAGAUUUUUUCCGGGCAUUUAAAGAUUGUUUCCUCUGGGGAUUGCAUAAUGCUUCAAGAUAUUGUGAAAGUUCGAAUUCUGUACAUCAAUUCAGAGUUACUCUUGUUGAGAAUAUCCUGGUAAAGCUUCUGUGGCAAGAAUACAUGUCUUUUGGUGGCUUAAAGAAUCAGAAUAGAGCAUCUAUUGGAAUGCAUGUGGAUCCCCCUGAACAUGCCAAUGCAACUUCAGACCAGAAGUUAGUGGAGUCAUUAAGUAUCAAAUAUCCAAUGAAUUAUUGGCAAGAGUUGGGGAAAUGUGUUGUAGAAAUUCUUUCAGACAUAUAUGUAAUGGAGCAUGAUUUACUCUGUCCUUUUCGAGCAGCAGUUCAAGAGGAUUGCUUUGGGAUGUUUCAGCAAAAAGAGAAAACAAGAAGAGUCACUGAAAAUGUGGAUCAGGUCAUUAAGUUUUUUGCACUGCUGGAAGAACAUUCAGUGCAGAAAGGUGAAGCUUGGCCUUUGGUUUAUUUAGUGGGACCAAUUUUGUCCAAGUAUUUCACAUUGAUAAGAUCUCUCGACAUACCAGAUGGUUUGAGACUUCUGUCAGUUGCAGUUUCUUUAUUUGGACCACGCAAGAUAGUUCGGGCACUUCUUUUAUAUAAGGAAGGACAGCCUAGCUCCUCUUCCCUUUCUGAUGAUUGGGACAAAGAAUUAGAGUCAAAUAUUUUCAUGCAAGAAUUCAAAGAAACAUUUGUCCCAUGGUGUUUGGCUGGAUUUGAUUCAUCUAGCAGUGCUCGACUUGACCUAUUGCUUGCAUUGCUCAAUGAUGAAUGUUUUCCUGAACAGUGGAGUGCAGUUAUUUCAUUUGCUAUCGGUGAAGGAUAUUCUAAAAUUGAGCCUGCGUCCCCAGAAUCAUACAACUUAGUUCUGUUGGCCAUGUUAUUAGAGAAAGCAAGAGUUGAAAUUGCAAACAGGAAAGUGAAAGAAGAUUCCAAUCUUCAGCAAUGGUUGAAUAUAGAUGGCUGGCAUCAUGAUUGUCUUGAGUCUGCUGCAGUUUCUAUUGCCUGUUCCUCAUUUCCUUACAGAGAUUCAGCUGCUCAUUUUUUGCGUGCUGCUCUUGGUGGCUCAGUGGAAGGCAAUCAAUUCCACUUUGUAUCGAGAAAUACACUACUUCUGGUAUAUAAAGAGGUUUCCAAUAAGUUGCUUGCUUUUAUUUGCGAGUCGCCUUUCAGUUCAGUUAGAGAUUGGGGAUUUGUUUCGAUUCCUAAGGGAAACAAUUUUGCUGUGGAUGAUGAUAAAACUUCUAUAAAUGUGCUUAAGACAGCUCAGUUUGCAUUAGAUGUACUUGGGGGUACUUUGUAUUGCUUGAAAACAGUUUGUGAGGAAAUUGAGCUAGUUUCAAGUAUUUUGGCUGCUGUGUUUAUCAUGAAGUGGGAACACGACAUUGAAGCAACAAUAAGUGAUGCACUUGAUGAUGGCUUCGAGAAGAAAAUUAAGGGCCGAUUGGUGUUGAAUGAAUCUUUACAUGAGUUCUGGAGCAAGAUAAAUAAUGAAUUUUGGGAAAGCUUCACCAUUGAUGUCCUGAAGGGACUGGGAAGGCUCUUAGUUAAGUUUAUGAGGUCUGUCAUCUUCAAUGAAGGUAUGCUUAAUGCAAAUAAAAUCACUUCUCUCUGCUGCAAAUGGAUGCUUGAAGUUCUUGCAUGUGUCGGCAAUGAUCAAGAUAAGGAACAAAAUCUAUUAAACCAGAUUCUCAUGAAGGAUGAUACAUGGCCAUCAUGGAUUACCCCCGACUUCAUUGCACCUGCAGAGACAGCUUUGUUAAAUGCUGUAGAAACCUCAACUGAUAUCCAUGCAUCUGGGGCUCACAAGUAUGUUUCUUUCAUUGACAAACUUAUAUUCAAGAUUGGGAUCAAUAGAGUAUUUGUUGGUCAUCUAGAGCAUAUGCUUAUGUCGUCUCUUAACAAAUCAACACAUGAAGAGCUUGCAGCUCGAGCAUGGCUUGCUGCUGAAAUGUUAUGCAUGUGGAAAUGGCCAGGAGGAAGUGCUACUGCUUCUUUCCUGCCCCUUUUGAGUACAUCUGCCAAGAGGUGGGAUAAUCUUCUCAAGGAGAGCUUGUUAGAUUCUAUCUUCAACAUCUUACUUGAUGGUGCUCUUGUUCAUGGAGAAAGUAGUACAUAUUUUUCUUUCAAUUUAUGGGCUGCUGCAGGUGAUGAACUGCCAAAAAUUCAGGAACCAUUUCUGAGAGCUCUUUUGUCUUUGAUUAUCACUCUACUCAAAGAUGAUAUUUGGAGAGGAGACAAAGCUAUCAAAAUCUUUGAGCUCCUUGCAAAUAAGCUUUAUAUUGGUGAAGCAAUAAACCAAAAUUGUUUGAAGAUACUUCCUCCAACUGUUAGUGUUCUUAUGCAAGCAUUAUAUCAGAAAAGCAUUACAACUAGCGAGCCUAGUGGGGAUGUUCUUUGCAGAUCAGAAGAAAAUUUGAUGCAGGGAAUUAUUAAAGAUUGGCUCCGAAGGAUUCUGUCAUUCCCGCCUCUAACUGUAUGGAAGACAGGAGAAGGUAUGGAAGAAUUGUUCCAGCUCGUCAUUGCUUGUUAUCCUUUUAGAGCAGUGGGUAUAACUAAAUCCCUGAAGCUGGAGAGAAACAUAAGCCUUGAAGAAAAAAUGCUCAUACUUAGUUUAUUCCGAAAGCAGAGGCAAAAUGCAAGUGUCUCUGCAGUAAGUAAUCAAUUACCAUUGGUGAGGAUGUUGCUGUCAAAGCUAAUGGUUAUUUCGGUUGGUUAUUGCUGGAAAGAUUUUACUGAAGAGGACUGGGAGUUUUUCUUCUUUCACUUGAGGUCUUGGAUUCAGUCUGCAGUUGUAAUCUUGGAGGAAGUUACCGAAAAUGUAAAUGAUGCUAUCGCUAACAGCACCACAACUAACGAUUUGGAUGUUUUUAGGAAACUUGAGCAGCUAGUUUCAAUCUCAGACCUUUCUCAUAUAAAUGUUGCCGUUAAUGCCUUAGCAUCAUUUUCGCUGUUUUCUGGAAUCUGUAGCCCCCAACAAGUAGAACUGAAUAUUUUGAAUCCCAUGAGAAUGGAAAUAUUGGAUUCAGCAAGAGAUCGUAUCUUGGAAGGUAUUCUUCGCUUAUUCUUUUGCACAGGCAUUACUGAGGCAAUUGCAAGUGCUUAUUGUCAUGAAGCUGCAUGUAUUAUAGCCACAUCUCGGCUUGAUAUUCCUUACUUCUGGGAGUUGGUGGCUUCAAAUGUUGUCAACUCAUCUCCACAUGCUAGAGAAAGAGCAGUAAAAUCAGUUGAAUUUUGGGGAUUAAGCAAAGGGGCUAUAAGCUCUUUGUAUGCAAUUCUGUUCUCUUCUGAGCAUGUUCCACCAUUGCAAUCUGCAGCUUAUGUUAUUCUCACAACCGAACCUGUUUCACAAUGGGCUAUUGUAGAAGAAGAUGCUAAUUCUUCUUUAGAUGAUGAUAUCAGUGGAGACCUGAAUUCAUGUAAGCUUAAAUCAUCAUCAGUAAGGACUGUCCAUUUGAAGGAGGAAUUAUCUUCCAUGAUUGAAAAGUUACCUUAUGAAGUUCUUGAGAUGGAUCUAAUGGCACAUAAACGGGUAAAUCUCUUCCUUGCAUGGUCUGUAUUGCUUUCGCAUUUAUUGUCAUUACCAUCACUGUCGGCCACAAGGGAGCAGUUGGUCCAGUAUGUACAAGACUCAGCUAAUUCAGUGAUACUUGAUUGCCUCUUCCAGCAUAUUCCUUUAGAGUUGUACAUGGUACAAAGUCUUAAAAAUAGAGAUGCAAAUCUUCCUGCUGAGGCAUCGGAGGCUGCAAGUGCAGCAACAUCUGCCAUCAGUACAGGUUCACUAUUGUUGUUUGUGGAGUCACUAUGGCCUAUUGCACCUGAGAAAAUGGCUUCGCUUUCUGGAGCAUUGUUUGGAAUUAUGCUAUGUGUUCUCCCUGCAUAUGUACGAGGGUGGUUUACUGACUUGCGUGACCGUUCAACAUCAUUGCUGAUUGAAACAUUUACAAAAACUUGGUGUAGUCCUCCCCUAAUUGUCAAUGAACUGUCCCAGAUAAAAACAGCCAAUUUUGCUGAUGAGAAUUUUUCCGUAAGUGUAAGCAAAUCAGCAAAUGAGGUAGUCGCUACAUAUACGAAGGAUGAGACGGGGAUGGAUCUAGUAAUUCGUCUCCCAGCAUCUUACCCUUUACGUCAUGUAGAUGUUGAGUGCAUGAGAAGCCUAGGCAUCAGCGAAGUGAAGCAGCGGAAAUGGUUGAUGUCAAUGAUGAUGUUUGUUCGUAAUCAGAAUGGAGCUCUAGCUGAAGCUAUACGAACAUGGAAGAACAAUUUUGACAAGGAAUUUGAAGGUGUUGAAGAGUGUCCCAUAUGUUACAGUGUCAUCCACACUACGAAUCACAGUCUUCCUCGCCUUGCAUGCAAAACUUGCAAGCACAAGUUCCAUUCUGCCUGCAUGUACAAGUGGUUCUCAACAUCUCACAAAUCAUCCUGCCCAUUGUGCCAGUCUCCAUUCUGAAUUAGACAUCAAUCUCUCAAGUUGGAUUUAGUGGAAGUUCCCACACGGGCAAUAUCGAUAGGCUCCUCUGCAAUUGUGUCUCUCAGGCACACAGGCACACAUGCUCUAAAAGUAAUAACUUUGCAGCUCCGACAUGGAUUGGAAUGGCAGUCGACUUCAUAACUUUUACUGGAGCUGAACUACUUGCUGGAUGGGGUUUCAUUCAGCUCCUGAAAACAGUGCCAGUUUUGUUGAUUGUACAUUAAUAUAUAAACAGUAGUCUGGAUUUAAUGUUACAGGAUUAAUAUGAGGUUAUGCAUGCAAAAAGACGAGGCUUCCUCGAAUUUGGGCAAUAAUUUCCAGUGCACAGUUAAACAGAAGAAUUAGCAGUAGCAGAUGGGGUUAGUAUCUUCAAGAUUUCUGCGGUCUGACUUACCUGUAAUAUUGGAGUGAGCUUGUUCUUUCACGGUGCUAAUUGGCAGUGAAGUUAUCUAAUUAGAUUGUCUACUGGUUCCAGCAAACUGAUUGUUUGUUUAUAGUUCUAUCUAAAUUAAUCAGAAAUUUUUGGAUUUAAGAGAAAUAUAGCAAUAUUGAUAUUUUCAGAUA